CGGACUCUCCCCCGGCUGCCCGGGCGCCGCCCUGUCCCAGCCUCCUCUGCGGGUAAACAGACAUGGCCGACGAGAGGGAGCCGCAGGACGCUGCGCACGACAUGGGCAACCACCUGCCACUCCUCCCUGCAGAGAGUGAGGAAGAAGAUGAAAUUGAAAUGGAAGUUGAAGACCAGGAUAGCAAAGAAGCCAAAAAACCAAACGUCAUAAAUUUUGACACCAGUCUGCCAACAUCACAUACAUAUCUGGGCUCUGAUAUGGAAGAAUUUCAUGGCAGGACUCUGCAUGAUGACGACAGCUGCCAGGUUAUUCCAGUUCUGCCACAGGUGAUGAUGAUCCUGAUUCCUGGGCAGACCUUACCUCUUCAGCUCUUUCGUCCUCAGGAAGUCAGCAUGGUGCGGAAUUUAAUUCAGAAAGACAGAACCUUUGCGGUUCUUGCAUACAGUAAUGUACAGGAGAGGGAAGCACAGUUUGGAACAACAGCAGAGAUAUAUGCCUAUCGAGAAGAACAGGAUUUUGGAAUUGAGAUAGUGAAAGUGAAAGCAAUUGGACGACAAAGGUUCAAAGUUCUUGAGCUAAGAACACAGUCAGAUGGAAUCCAGCAAGCUAAAGUGCAAAUUCUUCCCGAGUGUGUGUUGCCUUCAACCAUGUCUGCAGUUCAGUUAGAAUCCCUCAAUAAAUGCCAGAUAUUUCCUUCAAAACCUGUCUCAUGGGAAGACCAGUAUUCAUAUAAAUGGUGGCAGAAAUACCAGAAGAGAAAGUUUCAUUGUGCAAAUUUGACUUCAUGGCCUCGCUGGCUGUAUUCCUUAUAUGAUGCUGAAACUUUAAUGGAUAGAAUUAAGAAACAGCUCCGUGAAUGGGACGAAAAUCUAAAAGACGAUUCUCUUCCUUCAAAUCCAAUAGAUUUUUCUUACAGAGUAGCUGCUUGUCUUCCUAUCGAUGAUGUAUUAAGGAUUCAGCUCCUUAAAAUUGGUAGUGCCAUCCAACGACUCCGCUGUGAACUAGAUAUUAUGAAUAAAUGUACAUCUCUUUGCUGUAAACAAUGUCAAGAAACAGAAAUAACAACCAAAAAUGAAAUAUUCAGUUUAUCAUUAUGUGGGCCGAUGGCAGCUUACGUGAAUCCUCAUGGAUACGUGCAUGAGACGCUUACUGUGUAUAAGGCUUGCAACUUGAAUCUGAUAGGUCGACCUUCUACAGAGCACAGCUGGUUUCCUGGGUACGCCUGGACUAUUGCCCAGUGUAGGAUCUGUGCAAGCCAUAUUGGAUGGAAAUUUACAGCCACCAAAAAAGACAUGUCACCUCAGAAGUUUUGGGGUUUGACUCGAUCUGCUCUGUUGCCCACAAUCCCAGACACUGAAGAUGAGAUAAGUCCAGACAAAGUAAUACUUUGCUUGUAAACAAAUACAUUAGGGAUAAAGUUAUUUAUCAAGUUGGAAAAUCAGAUCUAAAAAUCAGAUCUGCUUCUAAAAAUCAGAUCUGCUUUGGAAAUUCCUGCUUUUGAUGCAUACCUAAGUAAAAAGCAACAUUACAUGGAAGGUUCCAAAUGGUAUUUGAAGAUUUAAAUUAAAAUUAGGAAUAUCUACUUUAGUACCUUGGUACCAUUAUACUCUGGCUUGCCAGAAUGUCCCUGAUAGGACAUGAAGUCCUCACUGAAAGUGAUGGUUUCCUGCAGAAAACAUAUUUGAAAUUCCUCUUUUUGAAAGAGGCAAAGAAGAAAGGCUUUAAUUUUCUUUAGUUUCUCUCAUACUGAUUUGUAAAUUUUGAAAAUAUUAAAGAGUUAAAAUACGCAGUUUGAGCCCCAAAAAAGUGUUCAUUUCCUUAUGUAUUUGUUAGUGAAAAACAGUAACUUAUGUAUUUACUCUUUAAUUUGAACCUAAACUACUAUGGAGCAGGGAUGCUAAAACAUAACCUGUUCAGUAAGGCUCCAAGUGACAGUGACUCUAUUUUGUAAGCAAUUUUGUUCCAUGUAACUUGAAAAAAAUUGUAAGUAAACUUUAAGAGCAAACAACAUUACACAUCCUCAUUGUUUAAAUAAUGUAAAAUAUUUACUCACAAGCCAAUAAUUUAAGAUGAAGUUCUAGAUAGACUGAUUUGCUACCUACCUCUUUGCUUAUAUGUUCAAGUGUUUUUUGGAUCCUUUCACAUUUGUGUGAUUUUGAUAUUCCUUCACUGCUUUACAAAAUUAACUGGGAAAAAAGUUCAACCAAGGGGGGAAAAUGUAUGAGGCCCAGCCAAAAGCAGACUGUUAAAAUCUGUGAUGUUUUAAUAUAUUAUUUUCUUUUACCAAACAUGCCAUGGCUGUGACUGCCUAGACUUAUAACAUCAACUGAAUCUCAUGCUGCAUUAUUUAUAUACAGGAAGUAAAUGAAACGCAACUCAAGAAUGCUGUCAGUUCUUUAAGAGUAUAUGCCAAGAUUGUAGUUUUUUUUCCUAAGCUAUAUACUACUACUGAGAACAUUGGGUGUAUAGGACUGUACUAGUUCUUCAGUCUUACACUAAACUAAAACUUAUUUCCAAUAGCAAAGCACAUCUCUACACUGAAACCAGUCACAGAGAAGGAACGCUGCUUUUACUUUUGCCAUCUGAAAGGUGUAACCUCAGAAUGUUCUAUUUUGUUUACUGACACUUGCAAAUAAAAGUUUCUGAUAUUUAAAAAAAAAAAAACAACAAAAAAAGCAUAUAACACUAUUUUUAAGUGGGACUUAAAUUA